GACGCUAGACCCGAGAAGGGGCCAUGAAAGAAAACUGCUGUAAACACAGGGCGUCUGCGCCUUAAAUAGGACAAUAAGCUGGAAGCGGUGUCAAUGCCCUAACAAUGGAUGUAACCGAUAUGGUGAUAAUCAACUUGAUUUGUUUGCUGUGCUUAAUAAAAACUAACCAAGGUUACUACGGCAACCCCCUGAACAAGUACAUCCGGCACUAUGAGGGCCUGUCCUAUGACACAGACCAGGUCCACGUGCGGCACCAGCGAGCCAGGAGGGCAUUGGACCAUGAGGACCGGGUUCUCUACCUAGAUUUCCAUGCACACGGAAGGCAUUUUAACCUGCGGAUGAAGAGAGAGACCAAGAUCUUCUCCCAUGACUUCAAGCUGGAGAUGUCCGGAGAGGAGAUAGAUUAUGACCCCUCUCACAUCUACACAGGGGAGAUCUUUGGGGAGGAGGGCAGCCUUACUCAUGGCUCGGUGGUGGAUGGCAAGUUUGAGGGCUUCAUCGCAACCCACCGCGGCACCUACUACGUGGAGCCAACGGAGAGGUACCUGCAGGACAAGAACGUGCCCUUUCACUCCGUCAUCUACCACGAGGAUGACAUCGAUUACCCCCAUAAGUAUGGCCCUCAGGGUGGCUGUGCGGACCACAGUGUGUUCGACAAGAUGAAGAAAUACCAGAACUCUGGAGGGGCCGAGCCCAUCAAGGAAACAAAUGAUUUGCUGGAGGACGAGCCUGCCGACGGCCCAGUGCUCCUGAGGAAGAGGAGGAUGACUACGCCAGAGAAGAACACCUGCCAGCUCUUCAUCCAGACAGACCACCUCUUCUACAAAUACUACAAGACCAGGGAGGCUGUCAUCGCACAGAUCUCCAGUCACGUGAAGGCCAUCGACGCCAUCUACCAGGGCACCGACUUCCAGGGUAUCCGCAACAUCAGCUUCAUGGUCAAAAGGAUACGGAUCAACACCACGAACGAUGAGAGGGAUAAGUCCAACCCUUUCCGCUUCGCUAACAUCGGCGUGGAGAAGUUUUUGGAGCUGAACUCGGAGCAGAACCACGAUGACUACUGCCUGGCCUACGUCUUUACAGACCGGGACUUUGACGAUGGUGUGCUUGGACUGGCCUGGGUUGGAGCUCCCUCAGGCAGUUCCGGUGGUAUCUGUGAGAAAAGUAAGCUGUACUCUGAUGGGAAGAAGAAGUCUCUGAACACAGGCAUCAUCACCGUACAGAACUACGCUUCCCAUGUUCCCCCUAAAGUCUCCCACAUCACCUUCGCUCACGAGGUCGGACACAACUUCGGCUCGCCGCACGACUCGGGCUCGGAGUGCACGCCGGGCGAGUCCAAGAGCCAGGAAAAGAAGGAGAAGGGCAAUUACAUCAUGUACGCCCGCGCCACCUCAGGCGACAAGUUCAACAACAACAAGUUCUCAGAGUGCAGCGUGCGCAACAUCAGCCAGGUGCUCGACAAGAAGAGGGGCAACUGCUUCGUGGAGUCUGGCCAGCCCAUCUGUGGAAACGGACUUGUGGAACCAGGGGAGGAGUGUGACUGUGGCUAUAGCGACCAGUGCAGGGACCAGUGUUGCUAUGACGCCAACCAGCCCGACAGCAAGAAAUGCAAACUCAAGGAUAACAAAGUCUGCAGUCCCAGCCAGGGUCCGUGCUGCACCCCUGAGUGUACGUAUAAGGGGCGGAAUGAGAAGUGCCGGGAGGAGUCGGAGUGUGCCCACCAGGGCAUGUGUAACGGCUUCAGUGCCCAGUGCCCAACCUCAGAGCCCAAGGCCAACUUCACCGCCUGCCACGGGGAGACGCAAGUCUGCCUCAACGGAGGCUGCUCGGGCUCUAUCUGUGAGAAGUACGGGUUGGAGGUGUGUACCUGUGCCAGUGUCGAGGACAAAGAUGAGACUGAACUGUGCCAUGUCUGCUGCAUGGAGAAGAUGAACCCGAGCACGUGCAGCAGUACGGGCUCGGAUCGCUGGGUGCGCUUUUUCAGCAGGAAGGUGACGACCCUGCAGGCGGGCUCGCCCUGUAACGACUUUAAGGGCUACUGUGACGUCUUCAUGAAGUGCCGCCUGGUGGACGCCGAUGGACCCCUCGCCCGCCUCAAGAAGGCCAUCUUCAACCCAGAGCUCUACGAGAACAUCGCAGAGUGGAUAGUGGCGCACUGGUGGGCAGUUCUGUUGAUGGGCAUUGCCUUGAUCAUGCUGAUGGCCGGCUUCAUCAAGAUCUGCAGCGUCCACACUCCGAGCAGCAACCCUAAACUACCCCCACCCAAACCACUGCCAGGUACGCUCAAGCGGCGCCGGGCCCAACAAGCCAGCCAGCAGCAGCGAGAGCAACAGCGGGAGCAGCAGCGGGAGCAGCAGCAGCAGCACGCCCACCAGAACCAGCACGCCCACCAGAACCAGCACCCCAGACAGAAUCCACGCCAGCCGCACCCUCAGCGCCACCAUCGCCAGCCCCGCGAGAACUACCAGAUGGGCCAGAUGAGGCGCUGAGCCUGGGACACCGUGACCUCUCACCUCCGACCCAUGCACCCUCCCAGUGCCUGCCGUACAGUGGGAUGGACUUUCACUUCUCCAAAGAGCCAACACGGACAUACACACACACACACACACACUGUUCCCAGUAGCCAUACACACA